AUGAGAUGUACAUGGGAAGAGCUUGAAUCUUUGAACAAUCUCCCACCUCUCACUAGCAUGACCACUGAAAUAAAUGAGUUUAUUCAAGCUCUGAACCUACAACAGGAAGAACAUAAGCUAUUUCAAUUUUUAAAUGGCUUAGAUGAGUCAUAUGAUGUUCAAAGAAGCCAAAUACUUAUGAUGACACCACUGCCAAGUGUUGAAGUAGCAUGUAGUUACUUGGACCAGGAGGAAGCUCAGAGAGAAAUACUUGGGAAGAUAAAAGAAGAACACAAUACUCUUACUAUGUAUAGUAAGGGCACAGGGGGAGAAUCUGGGAGUAAUUACACUUCUCUUCAAUGCACUGUGUGUGGGAAAAGUGGACAUACACAAGACAAGUGCUGGUUUGUAAUAGGAUUUCCAACUAAGAAUCCUAAGCAAAAGAAUCAAGCUGGGUCAUCAUCUCAAUAUAAGGGCAAAGGAAAGAGUAAUAUGAAUCAGAAAUGGAACAAGUGGAAGCCUGGAGGAGGUGGUGUGAAAGUAGCUGUAAAUGUUCAAGGAAAUCAAGCUCACAAUGACAACACAGCUUCGAGAAGUAAUGCAACAACCAUAACUGCACAAAAGUUAGAGCAACUUCUAAGUCUUCUCCCAACACCUUCCAAGGGGUGUGAUAUUGAUGAAGAGAUGGAUGUGAGCUACUCAGGUAUGGUUUCUUGCUAUUAUGCUGAUUCAAUGAAAAAUGGUGAAUGGAUUGUGGAUUCUGGUGCAUCAAACCACAUGACAGGAAGGCUUGAAUUACUGAGUAGUGCUUGUGCAAGCAAAGAAAGAAAUUGUAAAGCUGUGUUCUGUGAUAAGUAUUGCCUUACUCAAGAUUGCAAUACAGAUGAAGUUAUAGGAGUAGCAAGAGGAGAACAUGGCCUCUACUACCUCCUGAAUGAAGAGAUUGGAAAAAUCUUGAUGAAUAUCAAGAAUGAAACCCUUCAGAAGAAAGAGUAUAUUUAG